AUGGCACACGAGGGAUCAGGCUGGGAACCACCGAGAGAGGGAUGCGUGAAGUUCAACGUCCGAGGUUAUUUCGACGCAAGCCGGGAUACUAGAAGCUGUGGCGGGAUUGCUAGAAAUCAUAAUGGGAAAAUAGUAGCACGCUUUAUGUAUAGACCACCAGCUGGUAGCUCGAGCCUCACCACGGAGCUCUGGGCAAUCCUCUGGGCUCUGAAGGUUGCAAGGGACCUCGAUUUGAAGGAAGUUGAAGUGGAAUGCGAAUGCACUGAGGCGGUGAAGGCCACAGGAGAGGGCGUUGAUGGGAAUCAACCUGAUGUUGAUGUUGUGAAUGACAUAAUGAACAGGCUGAAGAGUGAUGGUUGGGAGGUGGAAGUGAAGGAAUGCAACAGAGACCAGAACAAGGCAGCCGAUGCUCUCGCCCAAUAUGCUAGCUCUAUGGUAACAAAUUUGCAUGUCAUCUAUGAAAGAGGACAGUCCUCGGCAACAACACAACAGCAGGAAUCAGGUGAUGAAUGA